AUGCUUUUUCGGUCACAUCAUGUCAACCUCAAAUUUCAGACAAAAUCGCUGUCGAUAAAAAACGAACCAGCCAAGAAAUCAUACAUCGCUGAAAAGCCUGAUCAAUCAACAAGAACCCAACAAGAUUUAUUGACUUCAAACGAUGAUCCUCAACCGUCAACUUCCGGUCUUCAAGGCUUAGUGCUGCCUAGGCCGUUGCCGAAGCCUAGACGAUUACCUCGUGUACCGCAGGUACAGCAGCAGCAACAGCAACAGCAACAAGAACAACAACAAAUUGUUGAAGAACUCGAGGAGGAUAAUGAUACUAACAUUAAAAAUAAAUAG